AAAUUUGGGAGCCGCAACUGCAUGACCUUCACAUUCAUCGGAGCAACCUCGCACACACAAUUGCCCGGCCACCAACACUCCAACAACUACCUCUUGGAUGUCGCUGCUGUAAUCCACCUAGAUAACAUACCAUGGCAUCCAGAUCGCUGGGCGAGCUCAUGCUCCGCCCCUCCACAUUGACACGGAUACCGUAUGCACAACGGAUAACCACACCAUCAUGGACAUGUCAACGAGCGCUAUCCAAUACCCCACAGCCAUCCGCACAACCGGCACCCAAAUCCGACGAGGAGCAAUUCAUCCCCGAGUCGGAAGCCCAGCGACCACAAGGCCAAUACACGCCCGAGUUCGAGGCCGCAAGACCUCAACCACGACCCCAAGCCAGCCAAGCAAAAGACACGCGAAGUCUCGACAGUCUCUUUGCUGGAAUACCCAGAGAUCGGGCUCCACCGUCGUACGUGCCGCAAGGCGGUACGCCAAACCCACAAUCCAAACCUCGUCUGUUUGGCGCAGGAACUUUCGCAAGCAGUAACAGCAUGAGGCCGAGCCGUAAGCCCAGCCUGUCAUUUGAUGAUAUGGAUUUGCCGCCGGAUUCGAUACUGAACCCUUCACUUGCCAACAAGCCGUCUGAUGCGGCGUCGCUCGCUGUCCAGCAGGAGAAUAUAUUUGCUCAGUACCCCCGCUUGAACCCCGCGUACGGGCGCUCGGUGGAUCUGGAUAAUUCCCGUGGGCGGGAUAUUGUGAGGGGGAUUGGUAUGCUGGGUAGUUUGAUGGCAAGAAACAAGGUCAAAAGGGACUUCAACAAGCAAAGAUACCAUGAACGAGGGGGGUUGAAGAGGAAACGGUUGGCAUCCGAGAGGUGGAGAGCAAGGUUCAUGGUGGGCUUCAAAGCAGUCACGCAUCGUGUCACUCAAUUAACGAGGAAGGGAUGGUAA